CAAAUGACCUUUCACCCCAAGGUACCAGUCACCUUUCACCCCAAGCUGCUCCAGGCAAACGCUUGCAGGAGGAUUGUGCGGAGGUUAUGAUUAUCACUGGAAGCAGGUACGCAAUGGCAGAGGCAGGUAAUUGGUCUCCUACUGCUGUUCCCCAGGACUUCGGUGAUGGUUCGUCUCCUGGAGUUUUGCGUGUCAGGUAUGAAAGUAAAACCAAAGACCAGCCAACUGCGAGCGAAAUUAGUGUGGCCAGUCAACCAAAAGCAAGCAGUGGUGGGAAACCCUAUAUGUGUGGAGAGUGUGGGUACAGGGCACCAAGGGAGUCUCACUUCUACCGGCACAUGAGAACACACACAGGGGAAAAGCCAUUCAAGUGUGCCCAGUGUGACUAUUCUGCUGCACGAAAAUUCAGUUUGGAACAACAUCUAGCUAAACACACCGGUGAUAAGCCCUACAUGUGUGGGGAGUGUGGGCAUAGGACAUAUGGGAUGUCUGAUUUAUCUAAACAUAUGAGAACUCAUACAGGGGAAAAACCCUACAAGUGUGACCAGUGUAACUAUUCUGCUGCAUGGAAAUCCUCAUUGGACAGUCAUCUAGCAAAACACAGUUGUGAGAAACCCUACAUGUGUGGCGAAUGUGGUUACAGGACAGCCGAAAGACGUAACCUUUACAGACAUAUGACAAUUCAUACUGGUGACAAACCCUUUAUGUGUGGGGAAUGUGGGUACAGAGCAGCUCAAAGAAGUGACCUGUCCAGACAUAUGAGAACCCAUACAGGUGAAAAACCCUACAAGUGUGGUCAGUGUGACUAUUCUGCUGCACGGAAAUCCACAUUGGACCGCCAUCUAGCCAGACACACCGUUUAGAAGCCCUACAAGUGUGACCAGUGUGAUUAUUCUGGUGCACAGAAAUGAAUUUGGACGGACAUCUUGCAAAGCACACCGGUGACAAACCCCUUCAUGUGUGGGGAGUGUGGGUACAGGACAACUCAAAAGUCUGACUUAUCCAAGCAUAUAGGAACUCAUGCCGGUGUAAAACCUUACAAUUGUGACCAGUGUGAUUAUUCUGCGGCACAGACAUCCACUUUGAACAUAAAUCU